AUGACCAACACCACCAAGCCCACUAUCGGCCUCAUCGGCGCCAGCGGCCUCCUCGGCUCGGCUCUCCUCAAGGCCCUCACCACCCAGCACGCCAAGGUCAUCGUCCUCCACCGCCCUUCCUCCAAGCUCCCUGCGCUCGACGCUGAGACUCAGACCCGCCCCCUCGACAUUGGUGACUCCGAGGCCGAGGUCCACAAGGCUCUAGAGGGUAUCGAUGUCCUGAUCAACGCCAGCUCGCGCACCGACCCUGCCGUCGAUGCCGCCUUCCUUUCUCACCUUGCCAACCUUCCCAAGCCUCUCAAGGCGUACAUCCCCUCGGACUUCUCCCUCAACUUUACCCCCGACGAGAUACGCGAUGUUGCAUUCAUCCAGGGCAAGGAGGCGCUCAUUGCUCGUGCUCGCGAGCUCGGCAUUCCCACGACGACUGUACACAACGGCACAUUCGAGUCGUUCGUUCUCAGCCCUUUCACUGGCAUCGACAUCGCCGCCGGCACCCUCACCCUCUACGGCGACGCCGAGGAUCGUGCCCUCCCCAUUACGAGCCUGGCGUACCUUGCAGCCGCGGUCGCCGAGAUCGCCCAGCUUCCCACUCUCAAGGCCGAGUAUACCGUAGUCGAGUACUCUGCCACCGGCCGCGAGAUCGCCGCCGCCAUCGAAUCUGCUGGUGGGAAGAAGGUGGUGAUCAAGUCCUUCACUCCUGAGGAGGCUGCCGCUGCCAAGGCGGCGGGCGGCGUCGAGGCUCUGUCGGCAGCCGUGCGUGUCAAGUGGGGCAAGGGCCAGUGGCCCGAGCCUGGCGCCUACACGCCUUCCGCUCCCAAGCGCGACAUCACCAAGGCUGUCCAGGACGCGCUGGACAAGUCAGGCUAG